GUAACUUUUUAAAGCAUUUGCAUGAUGGGUUUGUUUGAAAAUGCUGCAGUAUUAGGACAUAUUUGUGUAUGUGAAAGCAGUGGAGAAAAUUGCAUGAUAUCCUCUAGGCUUAUCUACAGUUGCUUACAUGCAAUAACUCAUUUUACAUCAAAAACAUACAUCUGAAUGAGCUGAAGGGAGGGUGGGCUUGAAAUGCACAGAUUUCCUGCUGGUUUAAAAACAUUCCGUAUGUCACAGCAUCAUGUAACUCCUAUCGGGAAAACAGACUACAGAUCUGAAUGCUAAGUAUUGGUAUAGUCUUCUAAUUCCAUUCAGAGUUUAAGGAUACUGAGAUUAAGCACAUAAAUACUAAAUGAACAAUACAUUUGAUUCUUAAUGUGGAUCAGGUUUUUGACACUGAACAGACAGGAAAACUGUAUGUUUACCAAUAUAAAAAUAUAGUGUUCUCCUUUUCUCAGUACAAGGGUUUCUCAGUACAUGGCUACCUCAAAAAUAAGGGUCCUGCACUCUAACUUCUCAUUAUAAGGCUCCGUAUUAUAAAAAAAAAAAAAAAUGAAGGCAUUCUGCCUUCUUACUGUGUGUAUAAUCUUUAUAGCAAACCCUUCACUGUGGAAUCCACUGCAAAAAUCCACCUCCAGGGAGCACUAUAGGUAGUUAAAUAUUUAGAAGGACUAUAAUUAAGGAAAUAGUGUAGCAGGGCUUGCCAUUCUUUUGGUAAAUAGACACUGAAUAUUUUUGAGGAAAUGGAUUUAGCAUAGACACAGGCCAGAACUGAAAUACCUACAUGUACCAAAAUAACCUACCAGGAGUAGGUGCAGUAACAUGACCUGUCAGGUAACCGUCAAGAUGAAGGUUGAGUGGACCAGAGUAAGAUAUUAAUGAACGGAUGGACUCUGCUGGUAAGAUCGGCCAUCCCACCAUGACAACUGAUGUGUCAGAAGCUGGGGAAUUGUGUCUGGAACCUCUAGUCACUUGCAAGCUAUGUCUCUGUGAACAUUCUCUUGAUAAGAUGACCACUCUUCAAGAAUGCAGCUGCAUCUUCUGUACAGCGUGCCUAAAGCAGUAUAUGCAGCUGGCAAUUCGAGAAGGCUGUGGUUCUCCCAUCACUUGUCCAGACAUGGUGUGCUUGAACCAUGGGAUCCUACAAGAAGCAGAGAUUGCCUGUUUGGUACCUGUUGAUCAGUUUCAGUUAUACCAGCGACUGAAAUUUGAAAGAGAAGUCCACUUGGACCCAUGCAGAACGUGGUGCCCUGCUGCUGACUGCCAGACCAUGUGCCAUGUUGAACUGAUUGACUCAGGGCAAGCAGUGCCUGUAGAAUGCCCAGCUUGUCACCUGAAAUUCUGUUCAUCCUGCAAAGAAGUGUGGCACCCAGAGCACUUGUGCCAGGAAAACCAACCCAUUGUAAUACCAACUGAGCAGGGAGCACUUACCAGGACUGACACAGAGGCUCCAAUUAAACAGUGCCCAGUGUGCCGGAUCUAUAUUGAACGAAAUGAAGGCUGCGCUCAAAUGAUGUGUAGGAACUGCAAGCAUACAUUUUGCUGGUACUGCCUACAGAACUUGGAUAAUGAUAUCUUCUUACGACAUUAUGACAAAGGCCCCUGCAGAAACAAACUGGGCCAUUCUCGAGCCUCAGUUAUGUGGAACAGAACACAGGUUGUGGGGAUCCUGGUGGGAUUGGGUAUCAUAGCGCUGGUGACUUCUCCCUUGCUGCUUGUGGCAUCUCCAUGCAUCAUCUGCUGUGUCUGCAAAUCCUGCAGGGGCAAAAAGAAAAAGCAUGCCCCACCGACAACCUAAAACUCUGUCUGUUUCUUCCUCAGUCUAUAUAGUAGGUGUAUGUGAGAAAGCACAAAGAUUGGGUUUUGGAGCCAUACCUACCAAAUAAUUCUCCCUCUACUUGCCAACUUUGAGGCUAAGUGCCUAUUGUUUUCAGACCACUAUAUUGCUUGCAAACCACAGUUCAGGAAAUGACUGGGGGAUUGUAGUGUGUAAACGUAAUUUUUAAAAAAAGGUCACUGUCAAGUAAUUCAGCCACAAAUAUGAUCCACCUUUAAAACUGUUAGAAUCUUGUAGAAAGAGGGAUCUUCCAGAAUCUGAACAUGUAUUUAUCCUGCAAUAUUGUUCUUCUGCUUCUGCAGAACCAGUCAUGCAGCCAGUAGAGGGAGUACAGGCAAAUGAACAAGCCCACUUCUUAGUACUCUGCUGAUUUAUAAAGUAAAAGAAGAAAAAGCAUGUUGCCAUUAUCUGCUGGCUUGUGACCUAUUUAAAAUAACAAAUAUAUGUUUACAUAUAUUUGAUAACUUCCCUUCAACCAGAUGCCACAGCAUUUUGUGUUGAAGGGGUGAGGUGGGGGAGGGGAAUACUAGAGAAAUAAUGAAGAGGAUAUUUACCAAGAAUGGAUUCUGGUAAUUAUCAUUUCAUAACUAAACUAUUGUAUUGUAUGAUUGUACUACAGUGAACACACUCACUUAUGCCACACCAGUGAUUUUUGGUGUAUUACACCAUUACCAAUGACCUACACCACACUAAACUAUGUUUAAAUUAUAUUAUUUAGGUGUAUUACCUAACAACUGUGAAAAUACCAUGUGCAUCUCACAAUCAGCACAAAUAUAAAACCAGAUGAUAUAGCUAUUGCACACUCUGAUCUUAAUUGGAUAUUCAUUACUAUGAAAAAGGGGCCAAACUAGCUGCUGUUGAUGUCAAUGGUAUUUUUACUUAUCGAUUUCAGUGGGAGCAGUAGCAACCAAUAAAAUAUUCUUUCCUAUUAAAAAAAAACAAAAAACUCAUUUGCCAAUGCCUCAGUGGAAAUCACUGUCUUGUAUAUGCUGUGUUAAAAGGUGAUGUUACAAGUCAACCAUGGCACAUCUUUCUUGAAAUGUUAGGUUUAUAUACAUGGCUCUUCAUUCUUGGGCUGACCGCUCUAGCUACUUCUGGCUCCAUUUCCCUCUACCUUUUGUGAGUACUGUGGAUGUUGUAAACUUCUGGAAACAAAUCUAAUGUUUUAGCGAAGGCCAUGCUACAUCUCCCAUAGAAUAUGCAGGAAACCAUAUACGAUGCAUGUAUGUAUAGGUAUGGUGUGUGUAUGUAUGUACCCACACAAAGUACAUAAUAUUUAAUAAUUUGUGUGUGUGUACACGCACACACAGUUCUUUAUACAUUUUAAACAGGUUAUACAGGGUAGCAACAAGAAACUUGCAAAAAUUACUUAGUACAGGUUUCAGAUGUGGCCAACCCAUCCCACCAAGUAACCCUUUUAGAAAUAAGAAAAGGAGUACUUGUGGCACCUUAGAGACUAACCAAUUUAUUUGAGCAUGAGCUUUCGUGAGCUACAGCUCACUUCAUCAGAUGAGCUCACGAAAGCUUAUGCUCAAAUAAAUUGGUUAGUCUCUAAGGUGCCACAAGUACUCCUUUUCUUUUUGCAAAUACAGACUAACACGGCUGUUACUCUGAAACCUUUUAGAAAUGUUGCAACUAACACAAAUCCCUGGAUAAAUAUUAGCUGUAUUCAUUGGUAGUUUUUAUUUCUAUCCCCCAAAAGGGUAAAGAGCACUGUUAUUAAUUUAUUAGUUACUUUGUCUCUAAAAGGCUGUUAUUUAAUGCUCUAGUUUAAUUUGGUUCUUCAUUGCAAGCAUGAUUCAGAUCCUGAUCUGAACUAUGCCAAUGUAAAUUCAGAAUAACUCUUCUGAAGCUCAUGGAUUUCACUCCGGAUUUGCAUGGGAAUAACAGAUCAAAUUCUGAUCCAUGGUGUUUAUACCACCAUUAGCUGGUGCUUACUUGUGUUAUGGGAUCCUGUUUGUGCAUUUGAUAUUUGUGGCAAUUUACAUGCGUUUUCUCUACAAUCAGUAGUAAUUCCAACCCCAGUUGGCAAGGGCUGUAUGGAGAAUGAAAUGUGAUGCAAAGUCAGAAAAAGGUAUCCAAUCCUCUAGCCUACCCUCCCUCUCAGGCUACAAAGAGAAAACUAAAGUGAACAUCAAUUUUAUUUUGUUUGGCUAAGCCUCAGGAACUUUGCCUUCUUGGCAGCUGUAAAUGUGACCUUUUCGUUCAACUUCGCUCUCUGACUGCUGAAACAGUGGUAAACAUCUUAUUUUAAGGAAGCAUAGUCUGCAGAGCAGACUAACAGGGACAAAGGCCUUAAAUAAUAGUGUCUGCUUCUCUUUGAAAAAAAUUAAUGUUGAAUGAAUUUGCUACCAAUAAUGACUGGAAGGUAGACAGUGUACUAGUCUGAAAGACUGUAUUUAUUCUUCAUCCAGAGCUUCUAAGUGAAGCAGGAAGGUAGUCAGUACACUCUAAAUAUAGAGUACAAUGCAGGCCAAUGUGAUUUAUGAUAAGCUGAGAGUAUUUUAUGUAUGUGUUUUCUUUAGGAGCGGUAAUGGUAGUGUUGGGGAUUACUCAUGACAAAUUAAAAUGUUCAGCCUUUGGCCUUGCACUGUUUUUCUACCUACACUUUUACAGCACCACUGUCAUUUCCAGUUUAUCCAUGAACUUCUAGUAGAGAAACUCACUUGAACAAACUCCCAAGAGCAAAUUGCUGGAGAGUUGUAAAGUCUUUUUAAUCAUAACCAAUGGCAUGAUAUUCUAUAUCCCUCACCUGUUAAACCUCAUGGUGUUUUUCAUAUUUUGUAUGUAUUCAUUCUGUCCAAACAACUGUCCACUCAGUGGGGUUGGUACACUUCUUCCCCUCUUGUUAUGCUGGAAGUCCAGUGUUGCCUAACAAAUGAAGUUCCUUUCUUAAUUGUAAAAGUUUUUUGUCAUUAAUGCUGCAGUUACAAACCAGGGGCUGAAUUCUGCUCUCAGUUAUACAGACGUAACAGAGGGCAGAAUUUUUCCCAAUGUACAUUGAUGGCUAUAAGGUAAUUGCAUUCCUCAGUUAUGUUAACAGAAUGCAAAUUCUGUCCCUUUUCAGUGUUAUAGAAUUAUCUAAAUUUUAAUGUGAAUCUCUGGUUAUUUAACAAACAGCAGAUUUUUAUAAAAUGGUUCAGAAUCUAAAGUUUGAUUUCCUUAUGAUGCAAAUUCAGAAUACUAGAUUUAGUUUAAUUUAAAUAAACACGCACGCCACAGCACUGAAAAAACAGAUGAUAGAAUUUCGUUUUACUUUGCGUGCAUUACUUUAGAAUCAAGGUAGUUUAUUUCUGAAGCAAUGUUUUACACAGUACUCUAAUUACUCUAGAACAGCAUUUUAAAACUUAAAACUAUGAACCUUACCAGCCGGGUUUUCCUUAAAAAGGGUGUGUGUGCUGCAUCAAUCCAUUUUUGGUUUUUGAAAGCACAGUUUAUCUGAGGCUGUGCAACAACCUAAGCACUGAUGCGGCCAGCUGUUAGCCCAUGUGCUAACUUUGCGUGAGUAAAGUUACAGGAAUGCUUAAGUACUGGUAGCAUUGGGGCUCUUUUGCUUGAUGCAGCUGUUGCUUAGUUAUUCUGCACCACUGGCCAGAUAAUCAAGCAGUCACAAUGAAUCUGUUCCGGGAUUCCAAAGAAAUAACUUGAGGCAGAAGAUUUUUAAAGUGUUUGCAAAUGCAGCAAGUUAUGUAAGCAAGAUAGUAGUGCCAAAAGUCCAAAGGGUCCUGGGACACAGGGUACAUAUACCUUCUUUAAGUAAUGCCACCGUGAAUCUCUUACAACGCCAAAAACUCUCAAUGAGUGUUGGACAUCAGAACCAGAUUUGAUUCAUACUGUGCCAGAAUUUACUUCGCUUAUUAUUGUCAAUCUACAGUUUUUUUUCCCCCAGUGCUUUUGAUCUUGUAGUGACUAACAUGAAGGCUAGCAUAUUCAGAGGGAUUAUGGAUUAAUAGACUGAGCCUGGGAUUUAUGGGAUGAGCUUUUCUCCAUUCAAGUCCCAACUAUAACACGGACUUGCUUUGUGGCUUUGGGAAAAUCAGUGUAGUUGGUCACCUAAAAUUACUUGUCACUUCUGAGAACAUAGACCCUGGAGCCUCAGUUUCAAAGGUGCCAACCAUGGAGUUCGGUUUAAAUUUUGGUUGCUCAGCAUCUCUGAAAUUAGGCUCUAGAUGUCUGAAGAGUGGCACCUAAAAUUAGAGGCCACUUUCAGAAAAUUGACUCUUAACUUCAGUGGGCCAAAUCUUCAGCUCAUGUAAAUUUUCAUAGUUCUACUGCAGACAAUGAAGCUAUGCCAAAUACACCAGAUGAGAAUCUGCCCCUGUGACUCUCAGGUCCCAAUUAUAAAAUGAGAUAAUACCUGGUUACAAUAAGCACCAUUAAAUGGUAAAUAUUUACCAUGUUUAUGGUAUAAAUGCUUCUCUACAGUAUCUGUUUUAACUUAGACGAUACAUAGUCAAUGCUGCAGUAACUGAUUAUUUUUAAUGGUGUAUGUUUUAUUUACCUCACAGAAGGGGAUGAAGAUUAACAAUAGUUAAUGUUAGUUCAGUGCUUUGAAGACGUUAAGUGCUUUGUACUGCUAUUUGUCCAGUAACAUAACAUAGAAUAAGAAGUCCAAAGAAAAUCUAAAGUGUACAUAGUGUUUACAUGAUUAGAUUAAAAUGAAUGUUAAACCAUAUUUUCUUAUUGUGUGUGAAAAUACGUAAAUUAGCAAAGAUCAGUUUCACCUCUCAGUUGUCACAAAGAGGUGGUGAUAAUAUGAACAUCUGGCUGACAUGUAUUUGGGUAUCAAUGGGUGAUUGCAUGGUCGUGCCUGCUACUUUUUGUUAAGCUUGAGUUCCAGCUUCCAUUGUAGUCCUUCCUUUUCAGUUGCUCUUAUCUUUCUCAGGCAGGUUUCUUUUUUGCACUUUGUUUGAGGCCAGAUAGUUUAGAACAAAAUAAGUGGAGCUGUUUAGUUACAUGAGGAUGAAAACCCCCAGCAUGAUAUCGUAAGUUAUAAUCAGAACUUCUAUAUUCAGGUAAUGAUUGAAGCUAGAAAUUUCAUACUUGGGUUGUUUUGUAAAUCUUAUUAAAACUUAAAAUUCGGUAAUGGAAUGCAUAGACUAACUGCUCUGGUACAGAUAUCAGGGAUAAAAGCCCCUGGCGCUUAUGAGCUUCAGAUGAGAGAGAGUUGUCUUUAGUCUUUGGGGAUUAUGAUGAAAAAAAUCCAGAUAGAUAGUCAUGUUAAAUACAUGCAAACAUGGUUAUACUCUGCUGCUGAACAUCCUAGGAUUCCAAUUCCCUAUAAAUGUACUUGGAGUUCUGGUAAACUUACACAGAAGAUUGAAGUCUGAUCCUGCAUACACUCACAAAUGCAAGUGCCAUUACUCUCAAGUAGCACUAUAAAAUACUACAUAAUUUUUAAAAUAAGCAGCUUAUGACAGACAUAAAAAUACCUCUCUCUUGGAAGUGUCAGCUCUCAUGCCAUUGCAAACACUGCUGUAUGAUAAACUUACUGCUAAGAUUUUGGAGAACUUCAGUAUACAUUUAAUUUUUAAAUAAAACUAGUCCUUAAUCAGCAAAACAUUUAGGCAUAUGCUUAAGUGCUUUGCUGAACAGGGAUAGACUGCUGAAUUGAGGCCUCAACGAUUUAUUGAGUUGUGGCAUGGAGCUCAGUUAUUGAUGAUGAACACAAACUAAAGGUCUGAUUCCACAAACACUUACACUCAUAAUAAUCUCAUACACACAUCAUACAGCAAGUUCCUUACUCUAAUCAUUCAUCAUGGGACAACUAUUUUAUUUUCUGUGUAAAUGGUCUUUAACUUGGGUACAUUUAGCAACAAGUUAAAAUACAGUAGCAUGUAACAUGUAAAAUAUAGUAGUAUGUAAUUAGAACAGGAGUACUUGUGGCACCUUAGAAACUAACAAAUUUAUUUGAGCAUAAGCUUUCGUGGGUUACUUCAUUGGAUGCAUAGAAUGGAACAUAUAGUAAGAGAUUUAUUUUUAUAUAUAAAAAAUACAGAGAACAUGAAAAGGUGGAAUUUGCCAUACCAACUGUAAGAGGCUAAUUAAGAUGAGCUAUUAUCAGCGGGAGGAAAAAAACUUUUGUAGUGAUAAUCAAGAUGGCUCAUUUAGACAGUUGACAAGAAGGUGUGAGGAUACUUAACAUGGGGAAAUAGAUUCAAUAUGUGUAAUUGAUAUCAAUAUAUUUGAAAAUGUGUAAAAACAUCUAAUUUCCAUUGGUAUUCAUUGUUUAACAGUGUGAUUAAAACUGCAAUUAAUCGCAAUGAAUUUUUUUGAGUUAAUCGCGUGAUUUAACUGCAAUUUAAUCGUCAGCCCUAGUUUUGUUGUAUUCCCCAAAGUCAGUGUGCAGCAAUCCAACAUCACUGACUUCAAUAGUUAGACAAAUUUACUUCCUUAUCAAUAACAUUUUUGACAGCCACAAAAUCUGACUAUUCGUGAUACAGCUGUUUCAUUCAGUGCCAGCAGCUUUUAAGCAGAACGUUGAGUAGAUUUCAGUAGGGAGUUCUGCUUGAAAAACGAUGGCAACAUUUAACUCUCUCGGCCCCUUCCAUAAGAAAUGAGAGAGCCAAACUUCACAGCAAAGUAUCUGAUCCCUUCACUUUGCAUUCUACUGUUGGCUGCUGGCCUAUUCGCUUAAAAAAAACCCAGCAGAUUCAAUUAUUUGAAACGUGAAUAGUUGUUUAAGCAUGCUAUAUUUUAAAUGAACAAAUAAGAGAAAAAAAGUAUACAAAGCAGGUAUUAGCAUUGCAAAUACCAAGCGUGACAUUUAUACUGUGAGACCUGUUAUCGAGAUGCCACAUAGUAUUGGGUAUCUUUUUUUAAUAAAGAUUUUAUUUUAAAUGUGUAAUUAAAUUAAACAUACAAAUAAAAAGAGGGUGUAGCUCUACCAGUAAUGUGAAUUGACACCAGUCCUGCAACGAUUUAUGUAUGUAAUUACUUUUACACAAUGUGAAUAGUAUCAUUGACUUUGACGGGGCCGUUCACAAUGCAUAAAGCUAAUUCUGCAAAACUCUUUGCAGGAUUGAGGUCUCAUUUUGGGACAUGAGGCACAACACUUUAUUUUCAUAUCCAUCAUAAUGUAAAUGAAAACAUCUUAAAAAAUCUGUUGGAUAAGGGCAGGAAAUGGGGCACUGGAUUAUUGUAUAUGAUAAAUAGUAUGUUAGAGAGGAGUAGUUUCAGAAAUUAGCGGUAAAAUUCAGCCAAUAGUAGCCCACCCACUACUUAAGCCCACUGAAGUCUCAGGAUGUGUUGGCUUUUUGCUGGCCUUUUGCCUGAGGCUGAAUUUCACCGAAAAUGACUAGAUACUGUUUCUUUGGUACCUGUUUGAAGUUGUUUUGUUUUUCUAAAUAAUACACUUUCUUCACCAUCCUUAACUUGGUGAAGGGUGAAAGACUUUGAUCUUUGUAAGAUUCACUAAACUAUUUUUAUGUUUAAAAGAAGGUCGACAUGUAUAAAGAAAUUAUAAAUGCUUUUGUAAAUUUUGUUUCGGCAUUUAAAUGAUUUACAAAUGCAAUGUGCUGCACUCUGUGCAUAUAUUCAUACACUCUGUAUUUAUAUUCUGCCUCUGAGGCUUACUUCUUUGUUUCCCCGCCUCCUUCUAAUGUCAUAAAAUGCAACAUUAAAAAUGUAAUGUACAGACAA